AUGGAAGAUAGAUUUUUAACAAUAUGGAGAAAUAUAAUAUUAAAGAAAAAAAUAUUGUCAAUAAUCAGGGACUCUAAUAGGAUUGAAAGCUACGGUAGACAUAAACAAUUUACAAUAGAAGAACUUAGAGAUUUCAGUGCAAGAUAUUACCUAUUUUAUGUUAAUUUAAUAGAUGAUGAUGAACCAGGCCUAAGUACUGAUUAUAUUGAACCUAAAUUAAUACCAGAAAAUACAAUCGAGUUGUUAUUGGAUCUAAAUAAAAAAAUUAAAGAGGAUAGUUUGCAAACAAAUGGGUGCAGUAAUAUCAAGGUUCUAAAGCUUUCAAGAAAAUUUAAAAAUGAGAUCAAUCCACAUUGUUUACCAUCAUCAAUCGAGAAAUUAAUUUUCUAUGGUGACUAUAAUUUCCCAAUUUUUAAAGAGUCUAAUCAUUCAAACGUUUUACCAGGCAAUUUAAAGUAUUUAGACCUUGGCUUUGGCUUUAACCAAAUAAUUCCAGCCGGUUGUUUACCAAAUACUCUAGUUUCUUUAAAAUUUAGCCGUAAUUUUAAUCAAGUUUUACAGGUUAAGUGUUUACCCGAGUCAUUGCAAAUAUUAGAAAUUGGAGAAAAUUAUUUAAAUAAAAAUUUAGAAGGUGUAGAGUUUGGUGAUAAUUUUAAUCAAAAAGAAUUGUUUCUAAAUAAUGGUUUAAAGAAAUUAAAAUUCAACUUACAUUUCAAUUCUAAUGAAUUUUUAGAGAAAAAACAUGAUGGUUUGGAAUGGUUAGAAUUUGGCAACGCAUACGAUAAACCAGUAGAUAAUAUAAUGAAUUUUAAAAACUUAAAAAAUUUGAAGUUUGGUUUUGGGUUUAAUCAAGAUAUUAAAGGAUUACCAAAGAGGUUAGAACAUUUACAUUUGGGUUUUAGGUUUAAUCAAUCACUUAAUUUUUUGAAGAAACUAAAACAAUUAAGAAACUUUACAUUUUCAAAAAAUUAUGAAUCUAUAAUUAGAUAUGACCAAUUAUUAAAUUUAUCAAGUUUAAUAGAACUAAAUUUUAGUAAUGAUUUUAAUCAAAGCUUAGUAAUUUUAAAUAAUGGAAAUAAAGAUAGUAUAGCAUCACCAACAAAUACUACAGCCACCACAUCCAAGGCAACCACCACUACCAUCACCACCACCACAACAACAACCGCUGCUACCAAUACUACCACAUCUUCCUCUUCUAAAAAAAAAAUAAGCGAAGGUGAUUUUAAAAAAUUAUUAAAAAAGAAUAAUUUAAAAUUAUUCAAACAAAAGCUUUACAUUUAUAAUAGCCAAAUAAUAAGAAUCAAUUUCGGAAAUUCAUUCAAUAAAAGAUUAGAAAAAUCAUGGUUACUCGAAAGCGGUUUGCAAGAGAUUUAUAUAGGUACAUCAUUUAACAAUCAAAUACUUCAAGAUACCCUACCAAGGCAGUUAAAGAAAUUAAUUUUUUCAACAAGUUCCCAUUUUAAUCAGGAAAUAUUAAAAGAUUCAUUGCCAAAUUCAAUUGAAGAGCUCCAGUUUGGUUACCAGUUUAAUAAUAAGCUAUCAUGCAAAAAUUUACCAAAGUCAUUAAAGGUUUUAAAGCUAUUGGGUCAAUUUAACAAGCCACUAAAAGAUUUACCAGAAGGAUUACAGUACUUAGAGUUUGGAAACAGUUUUUGCCAAAUAAUAUUACCAAAUCAAUUGCCUUCAAAUCUCUCCACUCUUAUUAUUGGAGCAGGUUUUUCUAAUGAGCCGGGCAGUAUAUCUGAAGGAGUUUUGCCAGAUUCAAUUACAUUCUUAAAGUUUUCUUCAGAUGUUUUAUUGGACUUUAAAUCACUGCCUCGAAAAUUAGAAAAGUUUAUAGUUCAAGAAUUCAAACCAUAUUAUUUUGAUAAAAAUUUUUUACCAAAUUCUUUAAAGUGGUUCGAAAUACAACAUUAUCCUGACUCAUCAAGUGAUCCAUGUUUUGAAAAAACAUUAUUUUUAAAUGAGGGUUUAGAAGUUUUAAAAAUCAAUUAUAUUUCUAUUGAUUCGAUAAAUUCCUCAGAUUUAAUUCAGUUUCCAUCAAGUUUAAAAAAAUUAAUUAUACAUAUAAAAUACCCAUAUGCAGUGUUUGGCGCAGAAGUUUUAAAUAAUGAAUCAUAUAAUCUAAAUAGGCGAUAUGAACUUCCAAAAUAUUGUAAUUUAAUUCUUAAUCGAUUAAAUUAG